GAAAAAACACUUGAAGCCUCACUCACUAUAUAGCACACGUUCAUGCAAGGCCCUAGACAGCCAUUGACAGCAAGUGAGCUAUGGGGAGCUUGGACACGAGCCCCACAGGCUUGCAGUUGCCGGACGGCGCGAUCGACGACGCCGCCGCUGACGUGUUCCGGCCGCUCGACUCCGACGACGUGCGCUCGUACCUUCACAAGGCCGUCGACUUCGUCGCCGACUACCUCCAGUCCGUCGAGUCCCUCCCUGUCCUCCCGGACGUCGAGCCGGGGUACCUGCGGCGGCUGCUCAACCCAACGCCGCCGGCGUCCUCGGCGCCGUUCGACGUCGCGAUGAAGGAGCUCCGCGCCGCGGUGGUUCCCGGCACGACGCACUGGGCCAGCCCCAACUUUUUCGCCUUCUUCCCGGCGACCAACAGCGCGGCCGCCAUCGCCGGGGAGCUUGUCGCCUCCGCCAUGAACACCGUGGGGUUCACCUGGCAGGCCGCGCCGGCCGCCACGGAGCUCGAGGACCUCGCGCUCGACUGGCUCGCGCAGCUACUCCGCCUGCCGCCGGCCUUCGUGACCUGCGGCGGCGGUACCGGCGGCGGCGGCGUCAUCCUCGGGACGACGAGCGAGGCGAUGCUGGUCACGCUCGUCGCGGCGCGCGACGCCGCCCUGCGACGGACCGGGCGCGGCGGCGUGUCCGGCCUGCCGCGUCUCGCCGCGUACGCCACGGACCAAACGCACUCCACCUUCUUCAAGGUGUGCCGCCUCGCCGGCCUCGACCCGGCCAACGUCCGGACCAUCCCGACCGGCACAGAGACGGAGUACGCGCUCGACGUGGCGGAGCUCUACCGCCGCAUGCAGGCCGACGUCGACGCCGGCCUCGUCCCGACCUACGUGUGCGCCACGGUCGGCGCCACGUCGACGAACGCUGUCGAUCCCAUCGCCGACACGGCCGACGUGGCACGACACUUCGGCGCGUGGGUCCACGUCGACGCCGCGUACGCUGGCAGCGCGUGCAUCUGCCCGGAGUUCCGGCACCACCUCGACGGCGUGGAGCGCGUCGAUUCCAUCAGCAUGAGUCCGCACAAGUGGCUGCUGACGUGCCUCGACUGCACCUGCCUGUGGGUCCGCAACACGCGCCGGCUCACCGACUCGCUGGAGACCAACCCGGAGUACCUCAGGAACGACGCCAGCGACUCCGGCGCCGUCACCGACGUCAAGGACAUGCAGGUCGGCGUCGGCCACCGCUUCCGGGGGCUCAAGCUCUGGAUGGUCAUGCGCACCUACGGCGCCGCCAAGCUCCAGCAGCACAUCCGCAGCGACGUUGCCAUGGCCAAGAUGUUCGAGGACAGUGUCCGGGCCGAUGACCGGUUCGAGGUCGUCGUGCUGAGGAACUUUGCCCUAGUUUGCUUCAGGAUCAGAGCUCGCGGCGCCAUGACGGAGGAGGACGCCGACGAGGCUAGCCGGGAGCUCAUGGCGCGGCUGAACAGGACGGGGAACGUGUUCUUGGCGCAUACGGUGGUCGGCGGCAGGUUCGUUCUGCGGUUCGCGGUGGGGUCGACGCUGCAGGAGGAGAGGCACGUGCGAGGUGCGUGGGAGCUCAUCGAGAAGACGGCCGGUGAGAUAUUGCACGGACGAGCAUAGAGUACGCAAAACAUUUGUAUUGGGGUGUUUGAUUCGUUGUUGUUUGGGUCAGAAAUUGGUGGAUGACGAAUAAGGCCGUACGUCGUGUCUCUGUUGAAGGACGACACUACUACAGAGCCUUGGUGUAGGCAGAGUUUAUAAAAAUGUGUUGAAUCGCUUAAGCAUGUGUGCAGCGAGGUGAAUUUUGCAACGGAACGGAGUAAUAGUGUGGUCAUUUGUAACAAAAUGACUUUAUAAGGUAUUUGUUUAUUUUAAGUAA